UACCACUACCGGGGCACAACGACCGCGGACUCCUGGCAGCACCCCUUCGUGUCCAUCUUCAAGAAGUUUGCUCAUUUGAUCCACAAGCAGGGCGACUGCCAGGAGGACCUCGAUGCGGUCAUCUCGAAGCGGGUCUUCAAAAUCUCCGGUGCCAUUUCCGCCAACAACUACGUCCAGGUCCCCGGGGCGGCCAGCUCCAGCUCGAAUUCCCGCAGUCGCGAGCGGUCUGUGUCCACCACAGCAGCCUCCGCGACCCGCUCCCUGAACCUCACGGGGGAGUACCUCUACGUGCAGCUGCGCACGCACUCCAGCCGGUUCUUCAACGUGCAUUUGGAUUUUCAGGUGGCCGACCGGAACAUAAUGGAAAGAAUCACCUUGACGAACAUGGUGAAGGACAUCCAGCAGCAGGCAAGGGUGAUCUUGUACCCACUGCAUCUCGACCAGGCGAACGUCUCCGCUACUGUAGAAGCAAGUGCAAGCGGAAAUAAGGCUGGCGCGCAAGGAAGCGACAGCUGGGCCACGGUGUGCGUCCACGUGCCGUCGGUGUUGAAGCUGUUCUCGUCUCUCGGCGGAAAUGCGCACUUGAUGCCGCACGCGCACGUGUUGAAGAGCGUGCAGAUCUGCGCGACCUGUGUCGUCAGGAACAUUUUCACCAGCGACAUGUGCUUCUCCUGCCACGCGGAAUUGCCGAGGGAAAUGAAACUGACGCAGAAGGUACUUGCAUUUCAGUAUACAGGACUAAUAUGCACCGAUUUGGAAAACAAUGACAGGACCAGGACGCAUAGCGAAGACAACGAGGCAACACACACAUAGUCCUCUUCCGAUUCCCUCGUCUUUAUUGCAAUGGUACAGCAGCUGCUCUGAUGUCGUGCAAAAAGUACGUUUGCUGUUACUUUAAAAAAUCAGGAAUCCAGUGCGGCAUUGGUGAGCAAUUGGAUCAACAUUCCUGCGUCGAUUGGUACAACGGCAGGGGGUACAACUUCCAAGAUGGCCGCACCAGCCUUGAAAAAUAAAUCAGCGGAGAACACGGGCGGAAACGGGGUCUCCUUCCUGAGCAACCCAGUCGGUAUAAUGUCUGGCACUUCCGCUUCCGAAUUUGGUGCGGGAGUGCGACCCGCCCGGCAGCAGCAACUCGCCGAGCAGCUACACGUCGGUAAUAUGAACACGAUCAAUCAGACCCUCGACGCAAGUACGAUCAUGGGCUCGGCCAGCGAGAUUAUGGAACAGUCGAACUACUUGACGCAACAGUCGACGAAGAUCGCGAUCAACACCGGUCCACAACAGGCGCAAGCGUUCGCGAACCAGCAGCAGGGGACUUCACAGAGCCAAAAGCUGCUUCCCGACCCGCUCCUAGAGGUAUCGAACCUGCUCGGGGUGUCCGCGGGGAGCAAAAACAUGGCUUUCUGGCUCGGCGAUUCCGGGCGCAUCGUCUUCGCGAGCGCGUCCGCGCUGAUCGUCAUGCCGAUAGGAGGACCCACGAAUGCUGUAGACGAAAGUUCGUUCGUCGAGACCGCUGCUAUUGGCUUCGACCGCACGCCCAUGACUCUGUUUGGACACACAAAACCGAUCUCCCUACUCAUGACCUCCGCAGCCGGGGACUGGAUUGCGAGCGUACAACAAGGAAGUAGUACAACUUCGGCGGGAGGUGCUGGUGAAGCGACUGGUACUACGAGUAAAGCAGCAGCAGUAGCAGCAAUUCCAGGCGGGGAUCAAGCGACUUCCUCUACGCCUUCCGUCCGCCUCUGGCAUGUGGCGAAUGUGAAGUUUUCCCGGCCGAAGUGUGUGACCAUUCUGUCCUGCCAGUCGCUGCUGGUGAUCAAGCAGAUGGCGUUUGACCCCUGGAGCAAGUACCUUGCGAUCGCCGGAAUCGACACGCAGCGGCGACAGCAGAUCUUCGUCUGGGAUAUCGGUCGUGUGACGCGAGGAAACAAUGCGGUGCUGUACGCGCGGCAGAUGAGUGAUUGGGACUUGAACGCGAUCAAAUUCUCCCCCUACGAGGAUCUAAAACUUGUUACCUGCGGCAAGGAAAACAUCCGGUUCUGGCGCGUGAAGGACGCGCACCUCCCGGGUCAGAGCGUCACUUUGAAUAGCCUCGCCCGGAACACGGUGUUCACGGACCUGUGCUUUGAAGCGAACAUCAAAAAAGACCGGGGCGAGGCGUUUGUCGGUAUAGAAGUUGUCGUACACAACUACCGGGUUUUUAUUUCAUCUGUAUUGGUUCUUCGGACUCCAGCUGUAGUGCAUGAUGUGUGGCGGUGAUAUUGAUCGUAGGUUUCGUCCGAUCAUGCGUACGUAAACAAGAAACUAUUCUAUACUAAGAAUAAAAUCUUUGUUCUAGGGGCCGACACCUCCCUGGGUUACAAUCUGAACGUGUUCGUCGCGACCCAAGCGGGCGAGGUUGCGGUCGUCUCCUACAAGGACCGACAGGUGCUGAUGCUGCACAAGCUGCACAAUUCGCCCAUCACCGCGAUCUCGGCGACCGACAGCUUCUGCGUCACCGCCGCGGAGGACAAGUACAUCCGGGUUUGUAUUACAGUGAAAAAUGCCCCCACCCCCAAAGUUGCAACAACUUGUGAUGCGAAGUUUCCAAAUGAAAACUUUUUGUCAUGCAUUGAAGGAGUCUGAACCUUUCUGAUGCAGAGUCUAGGCGUGUAUCGCAUCGCUUGCAUGACAAGCUCCGCUCUUGCUGGGGUCUUUUGCAAUACAAAUUUUUGCUAUUGACGAUUGGAAACCUGUGCUGCUGAUAGAUGCAUGAGGGCGAAUGUUUCAUUUGGAAAGGUUUGCAAUACAAAUGCUCCCAAGUUCGGGGGUGGGGCAUUUUUCAUUGUAAUAGUUUGCCCACUGGAUUUCCAGUCCUUCUUCCUCCACUGCAUGCACGAGGCAGUGCCGAAGGGGAUCGAUUUGUCCUUGUCCGGGACGAAAGUGUUAAGCUACUGUGCGGACGGGACCAUUGGGCAACUGGACCUGCAGACGCAGGCGUUUGACGUCUUGCAUAUGACUUGCUCAAACGUUACAAUCUCGAACGUUACAAUAGAAUCUGGAAUUUGUGUUGCAUGAUGAGCAUGACAGACUCGCACAGCGUUCCACCUUUUGCAAUACAAAUUUCGCAAGAUUGUAGUGGGGUUUGGGGCUCCGGGACUUGUCAUGCGCAAUCCUAUGAAAGUUGGCUAGAUCAUGCAAUCUUGCAUCACAGAUUUCCAUAUUCUAUUGUAACGUUUGACUUUGUAACACCUGAGCGGGUUAUAUUGCACCGGAGCCACGCUGGGAAAAUCAAGGACGCGUGCGUGUAUCAAAGUCAAAAAAGCCCCCGCCCCAUAUCGGAAACGGAAGAUGCGCGAGUUUGUGAUGCUGUAUUUGAGUACACAAAUCGACUUGUAUUGCUAGAAGGCCAAGAGACGAAGCUGCGGCCUAAAUUGCAGGUAAUCUGUCAUGCUGCUUCCCACUUCCAGCUGCCUCCUGUCAUCCUGGGGCUGCAAGGCUUUGCCACGCUAGACAGCACUACAGUCCGCAUCUUUUGCCUUCUAGCAUCACAAAGCUCAUUUGUGGCCACAAAUCUGCCUCACAGAUUUCCGUUUUGCUAUGGGGAGGGGGCAUUUUUCAUUGUGAUAGCGUGUCGCAUUUGUUCGAGGAAAUCUGCACGGUCACGGAGGACGGCUUCAUCAAAAUCUGGAACCUGAACACAAUGCGACAACACACAGAAUUCUUUUCUGGUAUAGGUCGUGCUUGUAUGAAAAUAAAAAAAUGCCUCCAACGCGUGACUCAAAGUAUGCACGAGCAUGCCAAACCCAUUGUUGUUCUUGUGUGGCAUAAGUACGCAUAAGUACGCCAUCAUUAUUAAACAGGUAACGACACCCCUCUGGCCGUGAAUUGUCACCCCAAGAAGCAUCUGAUCGCGGUUGGGUUCGCGACCGGCACGCUCCGGCUUUUCGACAUUGACGGGCCGAAAGUGGUCGGCGAGUACGUGAAUUUCACACUGCCGAUCAAGUCGCUCGCCUUCGCGGAGCUGCAGGAGACCAACAUUCUCCUGGCGUGCGACGAGAAGGGCGGUAUGAUGCUGUAUUGUGAAAACGAGGAGACGGGGAGUUUCGUACCGAAGAAGAAUUUGGAAUUGUUCGCCGGCGUCCACGAGCCGCCGGUGGAAAAUUGCUCGUUCUUCGAACUGGCCAACAACCACAGGAUGCUGUUAAAGUGGUACGAUUCGCGAACGGUUGUUUUGUUUGCAUUCACCAGCGGGAAUGGGAAUCCUGAUGGAAUAUCGUGUGGAAAAACGUGGUCCCCGAGGACCACCCAGAGUUGGCAACAUGCGAGUCUGCAUGUAGGUAGUUGCCCAGGAACUACGUCUUUCAUGCGCAAUAGUCAAAACGUCAAAUUACAUCCUGGUUCGUAAAGAUGUAGUGCCUCGCAGUAUUUUGUCGACUCCGGGGUCCUCGGGAGAUUUUUCCCUAGAAUUUCAUGCCCUCGAUGGCGUGACGGGCAUGCAAGUGGAAGAGAACAAUGCGGAUAUCAACAUUUCUGCGACAGCUUUGGACCAAACGCGGUCGAGACAGGACAUCACAAACGUCCAGAUCGAGGGACUGAACGCGUCUUCGCUCUCCACCGGCGGUGCGCAGCACCAGGGCGGUGCCAAUUUUACGCCGGACCUGGACUUCUUGCGGAAGUUUCAGCUCCGAUCUGGAGUAGCGUCCAGUGCGUCGGACCAACAGAAAAUCACGACUUUUCAGUUUUCCUUCGAUUCGACGAAAGUGAUUAUCGGCACCUCUCACGCGAAGUUGAAAGUGUUUUCGGUGAAAGGCCCGCUGCUCUACGACAUCCCCUUAGUCGCGGGGAUGGUGUCCGCGGUGUCCCUCGUGGGCCCGGUUUUCACAUCAAGCGCCGGAAAUGGGCAACAGCAGCAAAUGAAUAACCUGACGACCGAUUCGCUUUUAUUUACAGCUUCGAAGGAAGAUUCUUUGGUGAAGGCGUCGCUGCUGCAAAAGCCGUUUAACCAAAUGAACAAUCUGUCCGUAUCGACGCACUCGAACAACAAGUUUUCUCUACUGAGGCAGGAAGAACAGUGCUUUUUGGGCCACGCGGUCGCGCCGUUCAAGUUACUGGUCACCCCGAGCCGGCUUGUGGGGGUGAGCAACAUGGAAGUGAUCACGUGGAAAAUGAGCAGCGGAGGUUCAUCAUCCGCUGGCGCAAGAACUGGUAGUAGCAAUAACAUUUUCGAGGAGCUCUUCUACAACCAACACCUUCGACAGGACGCGUUGCCAACCGCUGGGUCGACUGCGAUCAAUAUGAAUGCGCUGAGUCAGAGCACAACUUCAGUGGCGGUUCUUGACCAGCAACAAACGUUAGCAACGGCCGGUCUAGUGGCACAUCAGCAGCCGAAGAUGGGGAAUUCCUUUAUGUUCUACCCUGCGUCAAAAAACAGCAACAUCUCGACGGACAACGGGGCGUCGACGUCGUUGUAUCAUCAACAGCAGCAGUCGGCUCUGCUAAUGGACACCACCAUCGUGGAGCCGGGGUACCAGCAGCCCUACUCCAGUGAGUCGCCCGUGAAGGUCACCCAGAUGAAAAAGCAACAACAGCAAGGUGUAAACAACUCAUCCGCUUUAUUGCAGGACGUCAGCACGGCGACAAUCUUAUUGCGAAAGAGCGCAGAGAUGAAGGACCAACAGCAGGAGCUCCAGGAGAAAACAAUCCUGAAGCACACUGCAGAUAAGCUUGCAUUGAGCUCGCAAUCCGUGAAAAGCGCGAAGAGCAACGCCUCCUCAAAUCCGAAGAUGAACACGAGCGGAAAUAAUAAAGUAACGAUCAACGAAACGCAGAACUUGAGUAUGUUGAUCGAAGCAAACCUCCAAGCAGAGCAGGACAUCAAGAAGAAAGGCGGCAAUGAAGACGAAGUGCAAACUGCGUUGUUAGAGGAGAAAGAUUGCACAGUGGAAUUCGAGGAUGAGACGCUGAUCGAAACUAGCGGUAAAACAAGCAUGUUGCGACAAGCAGCGGAAGUGGAAGGCAGCAAACCAGUAAAAUACGUCGCUAGUUGUACAACAGGUCUUGAGCAAACUGUUGAAUCUAGUCCUACCACUCCCCCCGUAGCCGAGCUUGCGACCAUCGUCGGCACGGGGUCGCCGUUCUGUUGGCAGGAAUGCUACCUGGCCGUUGGCGUGGGCAACUGGGUGUCGAUAGAGAGCAAAGGAGGGUUAGGAGGAACUACAAGUUCCAAUACUAUCACGUCCGGCGCGCCUCCUGCCGUCGCAUCUUCUGCCAGUGGUUCAAAAACCUCGACGAGCUCGGCCGCGACUGUGAAAACGACUGUUGCGCCAAGGGCCUCGAAAACGGUGAUUCCGAACCUGGAGGGGAACGUCUGCAGUCUGGACGGGUUGGGAAAGAAAAACUGGCUGGCGGUUCUGGCCGAAGAGGCCGUGUACUUGUACAAGAUCGAACUGGAUGAAAAUAACGCGGACAGAGAAAUAGAACAGAGACAGAGACUCGAAGCUGCGGAGGACACGACGGAUUGCAAUCUCAACUGUCCACACAAACUUCUCGCGGCAAUUCCGCUAUCCGAGUUCGUGGCAGAGGGCGCGGAAGAGCAGGAGGAGAAAAAGACAGCAAAAUCUUUAUCCCCGUCCGCCUCCGGCGGAUUUUUUGUCAAGUUCCUCGAGGACGGGGAGCACCUGAUCGUCACCACAAAUUCCGUUGCACCUCCAAAAGACGGUAACAAAUAUUACAAUGAAAAAUGCCCCCACCCCCAACCUGGCAGCAUUUGUAUUGCAAACCUUUCCAAUCGAAACAUUCCCCGUCUUGCAUAUCUCAACAUCACAGAUUUUCCAUGCUGAAUAGCUCAAAUUUGUGUUGCGAAGGAGCCCAUCAGCAGCCGGAUCUGUUAUGCACAAGACACCUUGCGCACCUAUAUUCUGCAUCAGAAAGGCUCGCAAUCCUUUCGCGCAAGACAAAAAGCUUUCAUUUGGAAACUUUGCAUGACAAACUUCUGCAAAUUCCGGGGUGGGGGCAUUUAUCAUUGUAAUAACAAAAAUAGCGGUUUCACGACAACCAGCAGCAUCCACGUGAUCCGGAUUAUUCACGACACCAUUGAAAACCAAUAUUGUCUCGAAGUCAUCUGCGCCACAACCUUGAUGAACGAAACGACAAAAAUCCUGGAUUUGCAAGUCGCGCCGUGGAAUGAGUUUAUCACGUUGACCGCGUACGGCUUGACUUUUUGGCGGUUGGAUUCCGUCACGAAGUCCCUGCAGUUUCAAGAGACCAACAAGCCCGACUGGUUGGUGCAGCAACAAGUUGGCAGUCUACAAGGGAAGAAUAAGGAAAAAGAUCCUGCUUCCAGCAAGACGGCGCACCAGGAAAAAAUAGUUGGAAACCAGAACAACAGCAAGACCACAGAUCACGUGUACACCUGCAUGACGUUCGUGCAGAUUUCGCAGGACGUCUCCCGGGUCUUGGUGGGGACCAGUCGAGGCACACUUUUGACGUUUGAUUUCGAGGAGAACCUGCCGAUCAACGAGAUUAAAUCGCUUCCGAACAACUACAACAGCGACAAAAUCACGAACGUGCAAGCUUAUCAAAUGCAAAAAUGUCUGGGUCUGGAAGAAUCUAACUUGUCAUGCUAAAUCUGAAUCAUUCAAGAAUCUGUGUUGCAUGAUUACCAAAAGCUGGCCACUUUUGACCUAAUCGAGAGGGAGUUUCUCAUGCAGAAUAGGCAUGAUAGAACUCUCACAGAAUCUGUCAUGCUAUGUCCUACAUGCCAGACCUCAUGGGUCAUGGAAAACCUGCAUGACAAGUCUGCAUUCUUCCAGACCCAGACAUUUUUACAUCUGAUAAAGCUCCGGCGUAUCCAAUUCUGCUCUGUGCCAUCGGGGCGACGAUUUGCAAGUAUGUGAUUUACGAGGCGGGGAACAAGUUGCUGUCGAUAAACAGCGGGGCCUCCUCUGGCGGAGCGGGCGCGACUGCUAAAGCUGCUGACAACUGUUACAAUUCUAGCGGUAUGAACAUCAAAUCGGCGUCGAAAGCGAGCACCGGCUCUAGUUCCUCCACCGCUAUGGCGCUGGUCGAGAAGCCGAUUGCGCUGGAUUCCGAUCUGAAAUCCUGUGCAGGCUUUUCCACAGAGCGGGGCAACGGGAUUUUCGCGACCAAUGCGAGCUUGUGGUACGUGAACUGGCGAACCAACGUGAAAAUGCGGCUGCACAGUUUUCACACGAAGGUUCAUCUUGGGGGAGGUUCUAGUAAUUCGGAACAAGAUCAACACGCUGCAGCAACCGCCUUUUCCUGUCAGUCCUUCGACGUAUUGGAGUGCAGCAGUUCUUCCAAGCAUGACGGCAACAAAAUCGCCACGUGUGGCGCAGUGGACGGGCUCGUAAGGCUGUGGAGCUGCAGCAGCAGCAAUAACUCAAGUGAACAAUCGGGAAAAAAUGGUUCAAAAACCAGUACGCUAUCCAGCGCAGCGACCAACGCCAUCACAGCGACGAGUCCGCAGGUGCUGACCAGCCUCGCGCAAUUUUCCGGCGUUUCCCCGUGCUUGUCUUUGACGUUUUUGUCUUCCCGCGUGUUAUUCUGCGGUUUUGAGGACGGCUGCGUCCGGCUGUUUGAUCUGGAAAAUUUGACAUCCAUCGGUCGUGUGGAGGUGGAGGAGAGCGAUGCGAUCGUCGUAGUGAAGGCCUUGAGCCCACAGGCGGCCAUUGCGGCGACCAGAAACGGGAAAGUCGUGCAGAUCAUGGUAUAAGGCCUUUACAACUACUCUGGUGAGAGAAAAUGGUGUUUCUUCAUGUAUAAGUUUUGAUGUUCAACGUUUGAGAGGACUUGUGAGACUCUACACAGGCAAGGGCAGCGCGACUCGAGACCGAGAUGUUGUUGAGUACUAUGUUUUUUGAAUUGCAAGAGAAAAUCCCUCGCCCAAUGGAAAACCCCAGAUCCGGCUUUCCUCCACGCGCGAGGUGAUCGACGCCCGGCGGGCCGAGUUGAAGCCAGCAAACAACGAGAAAAACGUGACCAGUGCCAUCGACGUAAACCACAACACCGAUCAAUUUCUCAUCGCGUUUAGCAACAGUGAGGUCUACAUUUGGCAGACGGAGAGGAAGAGGAAACCCGUACUGAAAGACGUUUGGGUGAUGCCAAAGUCAGCAGAAAUGAUGAACACGACAACAAGCAGUACUAUGGCGAAGAUGAAUCUGGUGCAGGCGUGCUUUAUUCCGCAGCACAACUCCUCCGCGAUUCCCACCGCGUCCAACAAAGAAGAUUUGAUCGCGGCGUCCAGUAACAAGAUUUUCUACGUUUACGAUCUCAGCAACAAGAAAGUGCUACAUCGACUGGAGCUAGACGCCGAGAUCUACCGGGUUUGCUGCUUUCCGAAACUUUUUGAUCAGACACCAGCCGCCGGGAUACCGCGUACGGAAAUUUUAUAUUUGUUGUGAUUUAUGUUUAUUUUGUCAUGCUCAUCAUGCAGCUUUUAUCGCUUUCCUUUUGCACCAUCCGGGGGUCCAUCCGGAGUAACAUACUUAGCCAUAAUCGCCGAUAUGUACGCCGUGGGCAAGUUAUCCAUUGGAAGAAGGAAAGAAAACCGAACCUAUCAGGCACCAACAGAACCAGUCGCGUGUCCGCUUCUCACGACAAGUCGAAGCAAAACUCGGUGAUGGUGCUGACGAAAGACAACGUUUUGGGGGAAAUCUACUGGCCGGAGCAAUCUACAGCUCACGCUCCUAGCAACGCGUUAGAGAACCCUGCGCUGUAUCGCGAGCGCGUCCCCUUCGCAGGCCCCGGCACCAGCGUGAAUGGAAACACGGAUUUGAAGUUUUUGCACGACAGCAGGCUGGUGGUCAAAACGGAGAGCGGGCUGUGUGUUUGGGAUCUGUAGUAAAGCAGACGACAGGGUUAGUUUGCGGCCCUGAAAAGUAGGUCUAUCAGCAAAGCUAGCAGAUGAAAAAUUCAAAUGCAGUAAAGGCAUUUUUUUUUAUUUUUCCGAUUUCUAUCAUGAUUUACAUUUAGAUUUUCUUUGUAUUUGGUCUUACCGGUAUGAUUUUGGUCUUACCAGCACACAAGUCUGAUUUUGGUCUUACCAGCACAAAAGUCUACUUUGCUUUUUUAGUGCCGGGACGAGCAAAGACCUCUCCCGGGGACAGUAUGUCAAGUAUCUAUGUACACUAGAUAUACCUUUUCCAUUUAAACUAGAUAAACUGGUUGUAGCAUGCGUCCCAUAUUUGCAUCUUCACUUUCAAAAAAAUUCCUGAAGUCUUGGAUUUAUUUGGUAUCCGUUCUUUUGUGGUAUCCACACUACUAGUGUGUACAGUUCUCGAGUACUGAAGAAGAGCCCCUUCAGCACUUAGAGACAUUUGCGCCAUUAUUUUCAUCGACCGUGUGAUGAUCCUUGGAGUCUUACGAGGCAGCUCUUCUGAUUUCUUGUGUAUUUUCUGCAAAAAAUACGCAAAAUUCAAGGCGGAGAUGGGACGCUGUGGCGAUGUGGUUCCAGAAUCGGCAAAGUUUCGAUUUUGGCAAUAAAAAAUUUCAUAUGUAAAUCAGUUCUUUUUGGAUACAGAUAAACGUUCGGAAAAUGCUUCUUGUGGUUAC